AUGCCCCCAGCCCGCCCCUGGCCCCGGCCCCGGCCCCGGCCGCGGCGCCGGCGCCGGCGCCGGCCCCGGGCGUCCCGCCUCUCUCUCGCCUUAGCCCGGCUCCGGCCGAGCUGGCGCUGGCGCUUCUGGGCGGGCCUCAGUGCCUGGGGCUGGGGCGGUAUCACCGCCCUUUGGCUCCGCCUGCUCCGAGCCCUGCCCCGGCCCUGGUCCCGGCCCUUGCCCCGGCUCCUCCCGGGGCCCGCGGAGGACACAGGCGGGAAUGCGCACAAGGGCCCGAAGGAGCGGUACCGAGUGGGUUCGUUGCUGGGGCGCGGCGGAUUCGGCAGCGUCUUCGCAGCCACGAGGCUCUCGGACGGUGCCCCGGUGGCCAUCAAAUGCGUGCCGCUGGAGCGCAUCCGGCGCUGGGGCGAGCUGCCCGACGGUACACGUGCGCCCCUGGAGAUUGUGCUGAUGGACAGGGUGUCCUCUGGGUGUGCUGCAGUGAUUCAGCUCCUGGAGUGGCUUGAGCUGCCCGACAGCUUCUUGUUGGUGCUGGAGCGUCCGCAGCGGUGCCAGGACCUCUCGCAUUUGCUGGCAGAGCGGAGGUUCCUGCAGGAGGAGGAGGCGCGGGGGCUGUUUUGCCAGGUGCUGGAGGCCGUGCAGCAUUGCACCAGCUGCGGGGUCCUGCACAGGGACAUCAAGCCCGAGAACAUCCUGCUGGACCUGGCCAUGGGGCAAGUGAAACUCAUUGACUUUGGCUGUGGCACCUUCCUCCAAGACACAGCCUACACCCGAUUUGCAGGAACCCUGUCCUACAGCCCACCAGAGUGGUUCUACCAGCGGUGCUACCACGGCCAGGCAGCAACCAUCUGGUCCCUGGGGCUCCUGCUGUACCAGCUGGUGACAGGGAAGCACCCAUUCAGGAAGGGCCAGCAGAUCGUCUGGGGGCAGAUCUUCUUCCCGCGACGGCUCUCCCAAGAGUGCCAAGAUGUAAUUAAGAGAUGUUUGUCCAUGCAACCCUUGGACAGGCCAUCCUUAGAAGAUCUCUGCCAAGAUCCUUGGAUUCAGGGUGUUCAUCUGCCCUAG